UUAUUUUAUACGCACAUCAGUACUCCUAUAUAUAACACGGAUCGUUUUAGCGGUUAUUCAGAUUUAGAAAUCAACUUAAGUAAUCUGUCUAUAAUGGCGCGUGUUUGCAUGUAUUUGCUGUUUGUAUUGGCCGCGGCCGGUCUCUCUGAGUGCCGUAACGCUGACGCCAGCAAUUAUAAUUACGAUAGCGCCAAACCCUACGGAUCGGCUGCUUAUAAGGGACCUAAUUACGCUGGUGAUGCCAACUACGCCAAUGACAGAGCACAGGCUCCUGGUAAUAACGCCGCAGCCAACCAAGGUUAUGCUCCAAAUCCAGCUACUUCGAGCGGUUACAACUAUGCUAACGAUAGAGCCGCUUACAGCGCUCCUUCUGCAGCUGGUAAUUCAGGAAACCAAGCCAACUAUGAAGCUAACAAACCAGUUUACAAGAGCUCUGAACAAAAGCCUGAAUACAGCAGCCAAUAUCAACAGAACUCAUAUGAGGAUAGCAAUAAAGCCGCCAAUGAAAAUCCAUCAGCUUACAGCGGCUACAACUCCGCCGGUUACACCGGAUACAGCAACAACGAGAACGAGGACAGCCGCAUAGGAAACCCGUUCAGCCAGUACGCGUCAUACCCCGCUUACUCCAACAACCGCUACACAUCGCCAUACAGCAGUCUAUACAAAUACUACGGUUUAGGAAGAAGCGCUGAGAACGCUGAAAAUUCAGCAACCGCUUACAGCGAAAGCAAUGCGGCGGGAUCAGCUCGUGAGGGUAAUAACGCUGAGGCGUCCAACGAAUCCAACGAAGACACCAGGAGGUACCAAAACUAUCCAUAUUAUGGUUACAAUGGCAUGUACUCCAGCUCCGGCCAAAGCUUUGGAAACUAUCCCAACUUUUAGAAGUAAAUCCAGCGAUUCAUCGAUUGAAAUCGUCACACGUGUUCUUCUGAAGAUUCUUCUGGAUCCCACUCUCUAUCUGACACAUUACCAAUAGAAAAUUUUCGAUCUUUUCCUCAUAUAUAUACAUGAUGUGAAAUUAUAAUACAUUUAUUUCAAAAGUA